AUGGCGGACAACUCAUAUAGCAGUGCUGGUGCUGUCCACCGCACCUCUUCAUCUGACGAAGAGACCGCAGCCGAAAUACCACGACACAAUGACGCCGCUUCCUCCACCCACGACAGCAGCAACAAAACCAACGAGGAAGUCCCCGCUGAUAUCGAGGCCAUUCGCGAGAAGAACGAUCUCACAAAGACCAACCAAGAGAAGCAGCGCGAAGGAGAACACGAUCUUCAACCCCGUGAAGAGGAUGGCAAGAUCGUCCUUACCGAGCGAGCCGGUUACCUCUCAACUGGUUACUCCUACCCGACAUGGAAGAAGUGGGCCAUUCUCUGCGUCAUCUUUGCCGUUCAGGUUUCCAUGAACUUCAACACUUCCGUCUACCCUAACGCUGUUGUGGGUGUUGCCGAAAAGUACCGCGUUUCCGAGCCGGCCGCUCGUGUAGGUCAGAUGAUCUUCCUUGUCGCCUACGCUUUCGGCUGUGAGUUCUGGGCUCCCUGGUCUGAAGAGAUUGGUCGAUGGCCCGUCCUUCAGCUUUCGCUCUUUCUCGUCAACAUCUGGCAGAUUCUCGCCGCUCUCGCUCCCAACUACGGCUCUCUCAUCGUUGCUCGUUUCCUCGGUGGUCUCUUCACCGCAGGUGGAUCCGUCACUUUGGGUAUGGUUGCCGAUCUCUGGGAGCCUGAUGAGCAACAGUUUGCUGUCGCCUUCGUCGUGCUCUCCUCCGUCGGUGGUACUUCCGUCGGUCCUUUCGUCGGUGGUUUCAUCCAGGCUUACCUUAAGCUCGAGUGGAACUUCUGGAUUCAGCUCAUCUUUGGAGGUGUUGUCCAGAUCGCACACUUCUUCCUCGUUCCCGAGACUCGUUCCACUAUCUUGCUCGAUCGCGAGGCCAAGCGCCGUCGCAAGAGCGGCGAGAACAACAUUUACGGUCCCAACGAAGUUCGCACGGAGCGAUUCAGCAUGAAGGAGAUCGGAACCUACUGGCUUCGUCCCUUCGAGAUGUUCCUUCGAGAGCCUAUUGUUCUUUUCCUCUCAUUGCUUUCUGGUUUCUCCGACAUGCUCAUCUUUAUCUUCCUCGAGUCAUUCCAGCUCGUGUACAAGCAGUGGGGUUUCAGCACUGUCCAGAUUGGUCUGGCCUUUAUCCCCAUCAACCUGGGUUAUCUGCUAGCCUACUUCAUUUUUGUGCCCCGUUUCCGCUGGGAGAGGAAACGCCGCGUUCGUGACCCCGAUGCCCUCGCUCCCGAAGCCCGUCUCUGGUUGCUGCUUUACCUCGCACCCCUCGAAGCACUUGGACUAUUUGGCUUUGCCUGGACAUCUCUCGGCCCACCUGAGGUGCACUGGAUCGCCCCCAUGAUUUUCUCCUGCAUGAUCGCAAUCGCAAACUACGCUAUAUAUAUGGCGACGAUUGACUACAUGAUAGCCGCUUACGGUCCUUACUCGGCCUCUGCAACAGGAGGAAACGCUCUGGCAAGAGACUUCCUUGCCGGUAUCUCCGCAAUGUACGCCACACCUCUCUACGACACGCUGGGUCUCGAAUGGGCUUCUACUCUCCUCGCUUUCCUUGCCAUCAUCGUUGCCAUUCCCGUAUACAUCUUCUACUGGAAGGGACCUGCGAUCAGGGAGAGGAGUAGGUUCGCCCAGUCGCUGGCUGAGGAUAGGAAGGCGAACGGCGGUAAGAGGACCGAUCAAGAUGAAAAGGCGGAGAACGGCACUAUGUACCGCAGGAGGAAGCAGCAUGAACAGCCUCAGGAGUAG